AGGACGCGCCCACCCAAAGGUGGCUGCAGCCAGGAGGUGGACGUCCUGGAGGAGGCACCCGGCCCCACAGCCAGACUCAACUCUGGGCCCUGCCUCUCUGUUUCAAGCCCCAGCCCUCAGGCAGCCGAAGGCCCCCGGGUCCACACUGGUGUCCCUCCCCCAGAACACACGACUCAGCCCUGCGCUGAGGCUGCCCCGGGUCAGGUGACCACCCCGAGUGCUCAACUCCCAACUGUCAGAAGCCAGGACAUUCCAUGACAGUUGCACUGAGAGCUGGCAGCAGCUUCAACGGACCAGAGCUGGGGGAUGCGCCGCCAGGAGUCACAGCCGAAGUGUGGCCUGCAGGCUGGUGCUCAGUGCCUCAGGCCAGCCCUGAGCCCCCAGCGUCUCCUUCACCAAAGAGCUGAGCAGCCGGAUGAGGGCCCGGCUGAGCACGGGCAGUGGCCGCACCAGCCCCAAGCGCGUGCCUUGCCCGGACCCUGGUCCCUGGCGUGCAAACUACAGCCGCCCUCAGGAGGGCACUUCCAGGCUCCACUGCCCUGGGGCCGGCAGAGCCAUCGUGGGCAGGGAGGGCGUUGUCGGCUCCCCCAUGGUGUGGAGCCGGACGCUGUGUCUAUCUGCCGAGGUCCUGGAUUUCCUCAACCAGAUCACUUUCCCCGCGUCUCCUAAAUUUGGCCUUUUUUGUGCAUCCUUUGUUGAAAUGAAAUAUAUAUAUAUAUAUAUAUAUAUAUAGAACUAGCAGAUACUGAGUAUCAAUUGCUUUUUGCUUCUGUUCUGCACUGCUUGCUCAAUGACUUAAUGCAGGAUGUCCAGCGUAAGAAAAGGGAGGGAGGGGAAAUAGUUGUACCGCCACGACAGGCUUCACAAACUCCAGGAAGACCGGAAGGCCCAAUUCUCAGAAAACAAAACUUAGUAAAUACUUCCUGAAAUUAAUGGUCUCCUACUUCCUUGUGUGACCACUUCCCUCUGAGACACAUAGUCCUGGACUUCCGGAAUGUACCAAUAAAAUGCUCAAAUUUAGGUAAUUGACACAGAAAAAAAUAAAAGAACUAGUGUACGUGCGUAAUGACAAACAUACUUGUUUACUCAAGUGUAUAAAAACGCUGAGAAGGAGAGAGGCGCGGCUUCUCACCCUCGCACUGCACUGUGGGAGCCCCAGCUCCUGGCAAUAAAAUAAUCAAUCCUCUUGCCCUUGCACCUGUGACUGUCUUUUGUGGGUUAAUUGGGAAAGGUCUCGGAUCCCAUAAUUCGACACCUUGAGCCGUGAUCCUGGAAAAUACAUUGAGAACAGCACCCUGACACGGGACAGCCUCGGGCCACGGCAAGGUGUCGGUCACCGCUCCGCUCCCAGCUCCGGCUUCUGCUCUCUUACCCACUGCCUCAAAUGCGGGCUUACUGGGGGAUGCUGGGGCGUGGUGCACACAGGAUGCCAACAGGAAGCUUGCGGGGGACACACUCUAUGAACAGCACAAGACGGCAGCCAAGCAGGGACCGGGAGCCUGGGCUUGGAUCUCACAUGGAAACCACGAGGACUCGGGGAAGUUCCUGUGCUGGGCCAGGAGACCGUCAGGAGCGCCUGCUGCUCCGUGCUGGGCUGGGGUUCCUGAGCCUCGUGCAGCCUCGCUCAUGCACUUGGUGUCUGCGGGAGGGCACCAGGUGGUGUGGGUGUGGCCCGCACCUGUCCGCUCCACUCCUUCACCUGCUCGCAGGGUCUCUGGCCUCAUGUCCUGGGAGCCCCAUGGCAGCCCUGUGCCGCUCCCUGGCUCCCCUUUGGGGGCCCCGGGGUGAGACUCCCACUCUGGAAGGAGCUAGCGGCUCCUCUCUCACCCUCUGCACGAGUUCAAGGUUGGAGACUCCGUACUCGGAAAGGGAUGGAGGGUCUCGGGCACAGGGGCCUGGUCUUGGAAUGGGGGCAUCCUAGGCCUGCUCACCCUGGGGGUGUUUUCCUCAGUACCCCACCUCAGUGCUCCCAGGACCUGGUCCUUCCUUGGCCAUUGGGGGCGCAGCUCCCAGGCCCCAAGACUGCAUCACAGGAAGGGACUCAUUUUCCGAGUGGAGGGAGCGCACCAUGGGCUGGUGGCAGUGUCACUUAGCACGGAAAUGAGACCACAAGGUCACCCAGGCAGCUCUGUUGGUCUGGGCUAUUCUGGCUGGUUAGCCCGGAGCAGACUUGCGGGCUGCAAGGCAUCCGCUUCCCGAGGAGAAAUGUGUCAGGAUUGGGGAGGACGGGAGCCAGGCUGCAGGCGUGGAACUGGGGAGCACAGCCAGCCCCGGAGGUGCUGGACGAAGGGGAGCGGGCCUGGAGGAGCUUUUUAGAAGUCUCGCUCUCCCAGUGGCCGUCCCUGUGACAGUGACAACAAUGUGCGGGGGGCCUGUGUCUGCAGUCACUGCUCUGUGUUCCUCCACACGGGGGUUUUGUUUUCAGUUUUUAAUGCCAAAACUUUUGCAAAAAAAAGACGUAACGAUGGCAGGUAACGAGUUGUAGUUUGGAUUUUUCAGCCACAGUCCUUUAGUGUGGUUCUGUCUGAUGGAUGUUCCCCCGACAAGGAGAGACAAAGCUCCCUUGUGCCCUCACUUCUACCCGAAAUUCACACCUGACCCCUACCCCACGCCGCACACCCUGUCCUUCUUUAGGAAAUGAGAAUCAGGGGACCCACCUGCAGUGCCCAGGGCAGUGCAUGGCAAGAGGCAGGCUGCAGAGAGCGGCGGCCCUGGGUUGAAGUCGUGGACGGGGUUCCGUGGCUUGGGUGUGCAGCAGCCAGCUGACCUGUGGGUGCCGUGGUCUGCAGGCUGCUGACUCAGCCCGUGUCUGCCUUCUUCCCGGAGGGCACCUGAGGCCUGGGCGUCCGGGAAGGAGCAGGUGCCCCGCAGGCUUCCUAAGAAUCUCCGGUAGUGCAGCCCCGCUCUGCUCUGAAGCCCAGGGGCUCACACUCGCCCUUCCAGUUCACGGGUCUGCUCUGUUCCUGAUGGCCCCCACCCCUCAGCGCCCGGCUCUGGGCACAAGUCCCGGGGGAGGACCUCCACCUAGGGGCCGCAGCGGACCGAGUCUGAGAUGGUGGGACUCAUGGCUGGCGGCAGGCACUGGGCCCGGUGCUGGCAGCGGUGGUGGACUGGACGGCGGGCCUGGGCUUGGCUUUAGCAUGCCUGGGAAUACAGGUCCCGGGACACCCAAGAGAAGGGCCUCGAAGGAGAGUGGGCUAGGGCAGCAGGUGCCGGGGCAGAGAGGGAAGACGAGGCUCUACCCACAGCUGGAGACCCCGGCCAGCAGCAGGUGGCUUCUAGCUCCAGCCCAGAUGCCUGUCUGCACCAGAGUGCCGGGUUUGGUUCCCGGCUCCCGCUCCUGAUCCCAGCUGCUGCUGGUGCAGACCUGGGAGGCAGUGGUGGUGGCUUGGAUGGCUGGGUUCCCAACACCCAUAUGGCAGACCUGCAUGGAGACCCUGUUAUUGGCCCAAAUGAGGCCCGGCUGCUCGCCGCUCCAAAGCCAGCUGAGGCAAGGGAACAGGUCUAUUCAAGAAGCUGUGGGGCGGGCCUUGUGGCACAGUGGGUUAAAGCCCUGGCCUGCAGUGCUGGCAUCCCACAUGGGCGCCAGUUCAAGUCCCAGCUGCUCCAUUUCUGAUCCAGCUCCUUACUGAUGCACCUGGGAAAGCAGCAGAAGAUGGACCAAGUCCUUGGGCCCCUGCACCCACAUGGGAGACCUGGAAGAACUUCCUGGCUCCUGGCUUCAGGUUGCCCCAGCUCCUGCCAUUGUGGCCAUUUGGAGAGUAAAUCAGUGAUGGAAGACCUCUCUCUCUGUGUCUCUCCCUCUCUCUUAACUCUGUCUCUCAAAUAAAUAUAAACUUAAAAAAAAUGUUUGUUGAGGUGCCUAUGCCUACUAAGAGUUUUCAAAAAGUUCAUGAAAAAUGCACAUUAUGAAAAGACUGCAUGGACUUCAAAAGUUGUUUUUCACACCAAAAUGAAAUUAUCUUUUUUUUUUUUACUUUUCCACAAUUUUUUUAAAAAGAUGUAUUUAUUUGUGGCCAGCGCCGUGGCUCACUAGGUUAAUUCUCCGCCUGCGGCACCGGCACCCCAGAUUCUAGUCCCGGUUGGGGUGCCGGAUUCUGUCCCGGUUGCCCCUCUUCCAGGCCAGCUCUCUGCUGUGGCCAGGGAGUGCAGUGGAGGAUGGCCCAAGUGCUUGGGCCCUGCACCCCAUGGGAGACCAGGAGGAAGCACCUGGCUCCUGGCUUCAGAUCGGUGCAGCUCUGGCCGUUGCGUCCAUUUGGAGAGCAAACCAAUGGAAGGAAGACCUUUCUCUCUGUCUCUCUCUCUCAUUGUCUGUAACUCUACCUGUCAAAUAAAUAAAUAAAAAUAUGAUUUACAGAGGCCUGUGCUGUGGUGCAGUUGAAUUCAGCUGCUGCUUGCAAUGCCAGCUUCCCCUAUUGGAGCACUGGUUUGAGUCUCAGCUCCUCUGCUUCCGAUCCAGCUCCCUGCUCAUGCACCUGGGAAAGCAGUAGAAGAUGGCCCAAGUCCCUGGGCUCCUGCCACCUACAAGGUAGACCUGGAUGGAGCUCCAGGUUCCCGGCUUUGACCUAGCUCAGCCCCUGCUGUUGUAGCGAUUUAGGGAGUGAACCAGCAGAUGGAAGAUCUGUCUCUUCCUCUCUGUCACUCUGCCUUUCAAAUAAAUGUUAAAAAAAAAAAAGCUUGUAAAAACAUUAAAAUAUAAAUCAUCAUAGGAGUGAAAAAUAAACGAGUAGCAACAUACAUUUACAUAAUCCAAAACAUUUUUAGUGUAGCAAUAUAGUACAGUAUAAAAAUCACACUUCAACAUAUGUUAAGUGCCAAGAUUUUUCUAGCUCCUGUUUAUGCAAAUUCAUUUAUUAUGACAUUACUCUGAAUGUCAUUUUUAAUUGAUGCAUUUGAAAGCAACGUGAUUCUUGACAAAUGCAAGAAUACAAAUAAUUUUAAGAAUUUACGAUUUUGGGGCGCCGCAUUCUGUCCCGGUUGCCCCUCUUCCAGUCCAGCUCUCUGCUGUGGCCCGGGAGUGCAGUGGAGGAUGGCCCAAGUGCUUGGGCCCUGUCGCUCCCCCUCUUCAUGGAGGAACUACACUAAACCCUGCCUAGGCUUCAUAUCCGAGUCACGGCACCAUUAUGUCGCUCCCCGUCUUCGUGGAGGAACGACACAAGACCCUGCGCUGUUCUUUUGUCUGCUCGGCCCUCCCCGGGUUUGCUGGUGGUUCUUCCCGGGUUGGCUACCGUCCCUUCCACCUCCGUGGAAGGGCGGUUCCCCCUGCCACUUUCCCCACUUCCGUGGGGGAGCAGCACACCGCCGGCCGGCUCUCUCGGGGGCUGCUCAGGUGUUCCUUCAGAUAGAUGUUCCCCUUAGAUGUUCCUGGUGCAUGUUGUCUCUCUCCUCCUCUUCCACCAAUCCCAACUCUGCUACCCACACGCCGAGUACGCUGCUCUCCUCCAAUCAGGAGCAGGUCCUACAGUUUAUUGGUUGAACUGGAGGCAGCUGUGUAGAAGCUGUUUCCUCCUCUCCCAGCGCCAUAUUGUGGGAGAGCAGAUGCAUAGAAUAAGUCUUAAUUCCAGUAACUCAGUCCAGUCCAAGUUGCUCCCAGUUGCUCCCCACAGGCCCUGCACCCCAUGGGAGACCAGGAGAAGCACCUGGCUCCUGGCUUCGGAUCAGCGUGGUGCACCGGCCGCGGCAGCCAUUGGAGGGUGAACCAACGGCAAAAGGAAGACCUUUCUCUCUGUCUCUCUCUCUCUCACUGUCCACUCUGCCUGUUAAAAAAAAAAAAAUUGACGAUUCUGAUGCACACACUAGUGGAGCUGCUCUUCAAGAGCACUUUCUUGGCUGCGAUGACCGUGGACGGCUUUCCACGAAAUCAUUGCAAAAUGUACCCUUUAUUGUACCUGCGGCUGACGGUGCUUAUGGAACCGUUACUCUAAAAGAUUCAAUUUUCCAGCGCAUCCAUGUGUCUGUGGAAUAGCAAGUGAUGCUCUGACAGACACACACACUGUGAAAUGAUGACCACAAUCAAGAUAACCAACACACAACUCAUACGCUUACUACGUCUUGUGUGUGUGUGAUGAGAACACAAAGACCAAGUCCCCUAGCAAACUGCAAGUAUGCAGUGCAGCCUUGUGAACUCCAGUAACCUGGCUCUGCGUGAGAUCAGCCGAACUGAAUCAGCCAGCGUACACUGAGGCUUUGCACGCUUUGCCCAGCAUUUCCCCAUUUCCUUAAACCCCAAGCCCCUAGAAACAACUGUUCUACAUCUAAACACGAUCGUCUACUUCCUACCUGUCUAUCUAAUUCUACUUAGUGUAAUGUCCUCUUGGUUCAUGAAUAUUGACUGCAACAGGCUGGAUUUCCUUUCUAAGGCUGAAUCGUCUACCAUUGCAUGCACAUAUAUAAUGCAGUCUCCUUUGUCCACGCAGCCAUCGCCAGACCACACCUUGGCUACUUGGGUGACAGUGGCGGUGCACGGAUCUCUGAUGAGCUGGCUGCAUGUCCCGUGAGAACCCUGGGAUUGCGGAAUGACACCCACAUAGUAGUUCCAGCUCUAAUUUUUGUGGAGCCUCAUGUGCUUUCUCGGGGCUCUGCUUCUGAGUCCCGUUUCUUGCUGAUGCGCACCCUCGUGAUGGUUGAAGUACCUGGGUCUCUGCUGCCGACGAGAGAGACCUGGACUUGAGUUCCUAGAUCCCCGCUUCAGCCCCAACCCAGCUCUGGCUAUUGAAGGUGUGCGGGGAGCAAACCGGCAGAUGGGAAUGUCCUCUCUCUCUUAUUCUCUCUCCCUCUCUCUCAUAAUAUCCCACCCCAUGAAAUAAAUUUUUUUAAAAAAAUUUAAACAUCCAUGGAAAAUGGAAUUAAAAAAUAGCUUAGUUUGGUUUAUUUGUUUUUAUUGACACAUUAAAUAUACAUAUUUAUGAGGAACAAUGUAAUAUUUCAAUACAUGCAUACACUGUAAUGAUCAAAUUAGCAUAAUUAAUAUCCAUCACUUCAUAUAAUCAAGAUUUCUUUGUUUUGUGGACAUUCAAAAGUCCUUCUUGCAGCUAUUUAGAAAUAUACAAUAUGUUAGUAUUAACUCUUGUUGUCCUACUAUGCAAUAGAGCAUCAGAAGGGUUAUUUUUAUAAUAAGGAAAAUUACUUUUUAAUUCAAUAAAAGUAAACCUUUCUAAGGUUUAAUUAAUUAAUUUUUAUUCUUUUUUACUUUAAGCAUUCUUUUUUUUUUUAGAUAAACUUAAUUAACUUUGAAGAAGAACUCAAGAAUGAUACAUCUUUUGGGAGCACUUAGACAUAACUACAGCUUAUGAGACAUAAGAAGAUCCUUCACUUAAUACACUAAAGCAAAGUAGAUCUUUGAGAACAAGUUUUACAGUUAAUUCUCAUAAUACAACUCUUUGAGGACAGAGGUCCUGCAUGGGAAGUUAGUGCACAGUGACUCCUGUUGUUCAUUUAACAAUUAACACUCUUAUGUACGACAUCAGUGACCACCCGAGGCUCUUGACAUGAGCUGCCUAGGCUAGGGAAGCCUUUUGAGUCCACAAACUCUGUCAGUAUUUAGACACGGCCAUAAACAAAGUAGAAGUUCUCUUAUGCCUUCAGAGAAAAGUACCUCCUUCUUUGAUGACCCCUUCUUUCCACUGGAGUCUCACCCACAGAAGUCCUUCAUGUAGGACAGUUUUUGCCACAGUAUCUUGGCUUUCCGUGCCUGAAAUGCUCUCAGCCAAACCAGAAUGUCUUAAAGGCUGAUUCUGAAGUCAGAGUACUACUUACAGCAAUUGUCAUUCUAUGAGUCUGCUACAUGGUCUGCUUCCCAUGUUGGAGCAUUCACUCCUUUUUAAUUCUAUUAUUAUUAUCAAAUUCUUAAUCCUAUAUAUAUGAUCACUUUAACACUUAAAAUUAUAUUUUUACUACCCAGCUUAAGGGGACUUGGGGUCCCAUCGCAAAUCUUUAAACUGUACCCUUAGAAGAAAGUCCGUAGGCAUGUAUGCAGAAUUGUACAGUUUUACAGUUACAAACUUCAUACAUUUCACAAUUACAACUUUAGGAACAUGGUGAUUCUUCCCACCCUGCCUCCCACGCUUCCACCCCUUUCCUCCUCCCUCUCUCAUCCCCACUCUAAUUACUAAAAUCUAUUAAAAAUAGUGUUUGUAAAUUACUGUGUUCAUGCUCCAUACAGACACACCCCCCCAAGUAUUUUCUUUCUUUUUUUAAAAAAAGAUACAUUUAUUUUAAAGGCAGAGUUACAGAUCGAGAGAGCGAGAGCGAGAGCAAGAACGAGUGAGAGAAAGAGAUCCUCCAUCUUCUGGUUCACUCCCCAAAGGGCCACAAUGGCCAGAGCUGGACCAGGCUGAAGCCAGGAGCCAGGAGCUUCUUCCAGGUUCCCCCAUGAGUAUAGGGGCCCAAGCAGUGGGCCAUCUUCACUGCUUUCCAGGGCCAUCAGCAGGCAGCUGGAUCAGAAGAGUAGCAACCGGGUCUCCAACUAGUGCUAGUACCGGGAAGACCAGUGCUCCUACGGGAUGCCAGCACUGCAGACCGUGGCUUCGGCUGCACCACAAUGCUGACCCCCAAAAUAGGACUAUUUUGAUACAAAAAAAGGUUUUUUUUGAAAUCUAUACAUAUAAGAGGUCUUCAAAACGUUCAUGAAAAUGUGUAUUAUGAAAAAAUUAUGCUUGAAUUUCAAAAAACUUUUGCCUCAAAAUUAAUAUUUUUUUUUAAUUUAUUUGACAGAGACAGUGAGGGAGAGAGACAGAGAGAAAGGUCUUCCUUCUGUUGGUUCACCCCCCAAAUGGCCACUACGGCCAGAGCUACGCCAAUCCGAAGCCAGGAGCCAGGUGCUUCCUCCUGGUCUCCCAUGUGGGUGCAGGGCCCAAGCUCUUGGGCCAUCCUCCACUGCCUUCCCGGGCCACAGCAGAGAGCUGGACUGGAAGAGGAGCAACCGGGACUAGAACUCAGUGCCCAUAUCGGAUGCCGGCGCCGCAGGCAGAGGAUUAACAGCACCGGCCCCCAAAAUUAAUAUUUUAAUUCCUUUUUCUAUAAAUGUUUUGAAGCUCCUUUGUAUUAUGCCAUGGCAAUUUAAUCUUAUUUCCAUAGUAAAGAAAUACCAUUCCCACAGAGUACCUCUUGGAGAUAAAAGCCCCCACCAUCCCGUAACCAAAUCAAAGUCCAUGGGAUUAAUGGGACACCAUCUGGGUGUGGCUAGGGAGGGGCGAGGGCUCCCACCCAUAAAAGGCACGGGUGCCUCCUCUCCCACCAGACUGAGCCACUGUGGAAGCAGCAGAGGAUGAAGUGAACCCAGAGCCCAGCAGGUGAGCCUGUGCCGUGUGUCCGUCUGUCCUCCCUUGUCUGCAGGUGGCAGUCAGCGCAGGGGCUGGGGGAGGGGGGGGAGUCUGGUGACUGAGGAAUUCAACAAGGGCUGUGAGUGCCCAGCCAGGGUUUGCCAAUCCCUCAGCCCGGAUUCUCCCAGCCCAGGAGUGGUGGGUGGGAGACCCGGUGUUCAGGGCCAAGGCUGCAGACAGGGUGCACUUUUGUUCAUCCAUCAGACGGUUGCUAGGGUCACUCUGGGCGUCUCACAUAGAUGCCGCCCUGUGAGGCGUCCAGGCACACAGCUGGUCCCUGCGGCGGGGUCCGGGUGAGCGGGGGCCCUGCCUCCUUCUCAGUGCAAUGCCAGUGACGAUCUGUGACGUCAGCUCUCUGAUGACAGGCAUCAAGGCCGCCGUCUCCUGGUCUUGCUCCAGGGUCACGAUAACUCUGUGGCUGGACAGCUUGUCACUGCUGUCGGCCAGCAGUCACUCACUCCCGUGUGUGUUUCCCCCUGCAGCGGACAUGGCUGAACUAUUGCAAAAGAUGUGCAGAUGUCUCACCUGCCCGGCCUACCUUGAGCAACCCCUGAGCCUGGAGUGCGGCUGCAGCUUCUGCCCCGACUGCGUCCGCUCAUUGCCGCAGGAGCCCCACGGGGAGGGCUUGGUCUGCAGCUUCUGCACCAAGGUCUCGCGGAAGAACCACCUCAGGCCCAAUCGGCAUCUGGGGCAGUUGGUGUCGAAGGUGAAGGAGCUGGAGCCCCAGCUGAGAGCCGUCCUGCAGAUGAAUCCCCGGAUGCGGAGGUUCCGAGUGGACGUGACCUUGGACGCAGACACGGCCAACAACUUCCUCAUCCUCUCGGAUGACCUCAGGAGCAUCUGGUGCGGGCCCAUCAGGCAGAAUCGGCCAGCGCUCCCUUCGAGGUUCGACUUGUCCGUCUGCGUCCUGGGCACCCCUCAGUUCGUCUCCGGCCGCCACUACUGGGAGGUGGACGUGGGGUCGAGCACAGAGUGGAACCUGGGGGUUUGCAGGGAUUCUGUUUGCCGGCAAGGGCAGAUCCAGCUCUCCUCGGAGCAGGGCUUCUGGACUCUGAGUCGGAGUGCCAGGGGCUUUUUCUGGGCCAGCACCACACCUCACAUUCCCCUCUGCACAAACUCCCUCUUACACCAAGUGGGGAUCUUCCUGGACGUGGACGUGGGAAACGUCUCUUUUUACUGCGUUGAAAACGAAGCCCACAUCUUUACCUUCACGGGACUUCCUGCGGGGGAGCCGCUGCGCCCGUUCUUUGCUCUCUCAAUCCCACCUAACGGGGUUCAGGGCGCCCUGAGCAUGUGCCCCAUUGUGCGCCUGGGAGAUGCCGACCCCUCCGACCAGCAGAGGGAGGACAGAUAAACCCCCACUGCGAAGGAGCCUGGACGGGGAAACCCUUGGCGGCUGGACCUCAGAACUUUCUGCUUGGUGCAAAUUUCAUCCAAGGUCACAGCAGAGAAGUAUGGAGCUUUUCAUGGCCAUGACUAAGGUGAUGAGAUUCGUUAGGAUAUAAUUAGUGACUACUGUCACCCCCAACUGGUUGGGUUUUAUGUUUUGUUUGCUAAAGAAUAAGUCCUAUAUUCUCAGAUGGAUUUCCAAUGUUUUACUUCUAUUUUUUUAUUUCUGGCAAGCUGCACCUACUGUGUUAUGGGGAUUAUGAAUUAAAUAAACUUUUGUAAGUGACCAGUUGAUAACAUGAUUU